AUGGAGCUAAGGGACCCCGAGAACCAUGAGGAUGGGGACCCAGAGCCCUAUAACCCUGGCACCCCACAUCAGCCCUGGGCUGGGCCUCCAAUUUCCCCCACUGCUCUCAGUGGGCCCCAGACUCACCCCCUCCCCACUUCUACUCCUCUCCUACAGGAGGACACAGCUACGGCCCUCCAACGGCUUGUGGAGCUGACAGCCACCAGGGUGACCCCACUGAGAAAUCUGCGUGUUCAGUACCGCCUCAUCCGAAAGCUUGGCUCUGGCUCCUAUGGCCGCGUACUCCUUGCCCGGCCUCGCCAAGGAGGUCCUGCUGUGGCCCUGAAGCUCCUGCGUCGAGACAUGGUCCUGAGAACCACCUUUCUGAGAGAGUUCUGUGUGGGUCGCUGUGUCUCAUCACACCCAGGCUUACUCCAGACCCUAGCAGGACCCCUGCAGACCCCCCGACACUUUGCCUUUGCCCAGGAGUAUGCACCAUAUGGAGACCUCAGCGGGAUGCUGCAGGAACGGGGCCUCCCAGAGCUGCUGGUGAAGAGGGUGGUGGCCCAGCUAGCCGGAGCCCUAGACUUCCUCCAUGGCCGGGGGCUGGUCCAUGCGGAUGUCAAGCCAGACAACGUGCUAGUCUUUGACCCUGUCUGCAGCCGUGUGGCCCUAGGUGACCUAGGUCUGACCCGGCCCGAGGGCAGUCCAACCCCUGCCCCACCAGGGCCACUGCCCUCCGCCCCACCCGAGCUCUGCCUCUUGCUGCCACCUGACACCCUGCCCCUGCGCCCAGCAGUGGACUCCUGGGGCCUGGGGGUGCUUCUCUUCUGCGCUGCCACUGCCUGUUUCCCUUGGGAUGUGGCACUGGCCCCUGACCCCGAGUUCGAGGCCUUUGCUGGCUGGCUGACCACCAGGCCCCAGCCUCCUCAACCACCCCCCCCUUGGGACCAGUUUGCUCCCCCAGCUCUGGCAUUGCUCCAGGGGCUUCUAGACUUGGAUCCCGAGACUAGGAGCCCCCCGCUGGCUGUCCUGGACUUCUUGGGGGAUGACUGGGGGUUAGAGAGGAACAGAGAGGGGUCUGGGGGCUUGGGGGACAUGUCUGGUGAAGAUGGGGAGGAGGAGGAAGAGGGGGGAGCAAGCCUGGAAGAGGGGACAGAGGAGGAA